CGCAUGCGCAUUGAGGGAAGCGGAGUUUUAUUUUUACCACAGGAGACGCCGCUUGUUGGCGGAAGGGGCGUGGCGCGGAAGCGGAAGCCGGAGAGGGGGGAGCGAGGAAAACAAAGAGGCGGCGGUGGCGGCAGCGGCAAUGGCGGGGCGCUGAGGUAAAGAGAAUGACAGAAAGGAAAGAUGGAAGAAUGUUGACCUUUCUGUGGUUAUAUAAUGGAAGGAAAUGUAAGAGAGGACAUCUGUACUAGAUCGCUUGGAUGGCUUCAAAGGCAAGAUAAUGAUGCUGAACCAUGGCUCUGGAAAUUCUCCAGUUGUUUUUCAACUACUGAACAAAGUUUAUCUCUCGGCCCCCAAACGAACAAGUACAUGGAGAACAAAAAAGCUACAGUGGAGUUGAAGGCCACUCCACCCCCUCAUCCUACUGCUUCAAAACCGUUUGCAGCUGUUCCCCUUCCUAGUGUGCACUCUCUCCAACAAACACAAAUACAACUUUCACCUGCUUCUAAAGUAAGCUGUUGUCCUCAUGGUUCUGACUCUUCCUCUCACGCUCCUCAGCCAUAUUUUGGUGGUGGCAGCACUUUGAUUCACCCUGGCACAGUAUUGGACUUAAAGGGCGCCGGGACCGUCACUUGUCAAAUAGGGGCAGGGUUUGCUAACCAAGCUGUGUCUUCACUCAAGAGUGGUGUUCCAAUUGGAAGCGGUGUCACGGGCAUUGCCAGCGACUUGUCCCGGGUGUGCCUGGAAAACAGUGUCUCUCCCUGUCCCCACUUCCCAUGCUGUGGGAAACUCCACGUCCAGUCCUAUCACAGUAAUGUGCACAAACUGCAUCCGUUUCCUUCUCAUCCAAGCUGUACAACUUCGGGCUAUUUUUCCUGUUCUGAAUUCACAAGUGGGGCUGAAGGGCUUUUGAAGGAGCACAUCUCACAGUCGGAGCGAAAGUCUUGUGUUUGCACCAACUCGCUGCACCUGAAAGUGGCAUCUUCAGUUUGUUUAAAGGGCUCUCACUACUGCACUGAAUGUUUAAGUAAGCCAUCCAGAAACAGUUUGGUUGAGGCUGUUAAAGUCUGGCCAAAUAUUCCCCCUCCAAACGCCCAAGCUCCUGCACCCGUCUCCCUUCCCAUAUGCAAUGGCUGUGGAACCAAUGGAGCAAGAAAAGAGAAGAGUUUACUCUUGGGAAGCAGCUUUGGCACAUUGUCACAGAAAUACGGGUCUCCAGAGGUUGCUCUAACAGGCCAACUGCUAGAAAACCUGCCUCCCAUCGGAGUCUUUUGGGAUAUUGAAAAUUGUUCCGUUCCUUCUGGCCGUUCUGCUGUUGCCGUGGUACAACGGAUUCGUGAAAAGUUUUUUAAAGGACACAGAGAGGCAGAGUUCAUUUGUGUGUGUGACAUCAGUAAAGAAAACAGAGAAGUUAUCGAAGAACUAAACAACUGCCAGGUUACAGUUGCACACAUUAAUGCCACAGCUAAAAAUGCAGCUGAUGACAAGCUCAGACAGAGCCUUAGGAGAUUUGCAGAUACUCAUGCUGCCCCAGCCACGGUGGUCCUUGUAUCAACUGAUGUGAACUUUGCUCUUGAAAUCAGCGAUUUGAGGCACCGCCAUGGUUUCCACAUAAUCCUGGUGCAUAAGAACCAGGCAUCCGAAGCACUUUUACAUCAUGCUCAUGAACUCAUUGGAUUUGAAGAAUUUAUUUCUGAUUUACCUCCGAGAUUACCAGUGAAGAAGCCAGCAUGCCACGCACUUUUAUAUGUUUACAACCUGCCAACCAACCGAGACAGCAAAAGUGUUUGCUACAGACUUCGCCGUUUGUCAGACAACUGCGGGGGGAAAGUCCUGACUAUUUCUGGCAACAGUGCCAUCCUCCGCUUCUUGAAUCAAGAUAGUGCCGAGCGCGCUCAGAAGCGAAUGGAGAACGAAGAUGUUUUCGGCAACAGGAUUAUUGUAUCUUUUACACCUCAAAGCAAGGAACUGGCCGAAACCAAGAAUGCGGGUUCUGCAGGAGCAGACAAAUUGAAGUCUCCCAAAAAAGUGAACAAAAACACAAAGCUGUGCCUCAUGAAUCGAGAAUCAAGCGAUCAGUCUUCUGCCAUCAAAGCAAUUGUGGGGAAAGGGUCUCAGGCACAUGGCGCAGCUCCAAAGAACGCAAGUGUGAAGAGCUUACAGGAACUGUGUCGUAUGGAGUCAAAAAGUAUGAAAAACUCUGAAAACUGCCAAGACCAGCUAAAAGAGAACUCCAUGUCAAGUUCGGUAUCUCCAGCACACAAAAAAUCCGGAACAGGCGAAUCCAUUCAUAAAAACAAUCAGAAGAAAGAUUUACCUUCAGCAAGGAGCAUCAGCAACUCCCUAGUUGAGAGAAAAGAGAAGAACGAUGUAUUUCAGGUUAGCUAUCCAUCUGCGUUCAGCAUGCUCAGUGCAUCGAGGCAACUCAGUCCUGUUUUGGUGUCUCAAAGCUGCUGGUCAUCAAGGAGUGUGUCCCCAAACGUCUCAAACAGAUCUUCUCCUCUCACUUUCAAUGUCAUCAAUUACACUGGCAAUGCAGGCGGUCUGGAUCCGUACACAAAUGGAGUGGACAUUCAAAUCAGCAAUCUAGACUACAGGUUGUCCAGAAAAGAACUGCAGCAAACUUUGCAAGAAACAUUCUCUAGGCAUGGGAAGGUAAAGACUGUAGAACUCAGUCCUCAUACUGAUUAUCAAUUGAAGGCUUUGGUUCAAAUGGAAAACCUACAAGAAGCCAUUACUGCUGUCAACAGUCUUCACAGAUGCAAAAUUGGCAGCAAGAGGAUCCAGGUCUCUCUCGCUACUGGAGCGACCAAUAAAUCUCUGGCAUUAGUUAGUGCAGAAGCCAUAUCCAUCCUUCAAGACGCUCCGGCUUGUUGCCUGCCCCUUUUCAAGUUCACAGAGAUCUACGAGAAAAGGUUUGGACAUAAAUUAAAUGUGUCAGACUUGUACAAAUUAAGCGACACGGUCGCAAUCCGUGACCAAGGCAGUAGCCGGCUUGUCUGCCUCUUGCCCAGCAGUCAAGCCAGACAGAGCCCGUUGGGAUCUUCGCAAUCUCACGAUGGUUCCUCAGCUAACUGUAGUCCUAUUAUAUUUGAAGAACUGGAAUAUCACGAACCCAUUUGUAAGCAGCACUGCAUAGAUAAUGCCUUCAGUGAACAUGACUUUGAUCCUGACUCUUACAAAGUUCCCUUUGUGAUUUUAUCUCUGAAGACUUUUGCGCCCCAAGUUCAUAGCUUGUUACAGACCCAUCAAGGGACAGUGCCGUUGCUGAGCUUUCCUGACUGCUAUGCUUCAGAAUUUAGUGAUUUACACAUGGUGCAGGAGGGCCAAGGAGGCGUUCCUUUAGAGCAUCUCAUUACUUGUGUUCCGGGUGUUAAUAUUGCGACUGCACAAAACGGCAUCAAAGUUGUGAAGUGGAUCCAUAACAAGCCACCACCUCCCGCUACAGAGCCCUGGCUUCUGCGAUCCAAGAGUCCUGUGGGUAACCCACAACUUAUUCAGUUCAGCAGAGAAGUGAUUGAUCUCCUUAAGAAUCAGCCGUCAUGUAUCAUGCCUGUCAGUAAAUUCAUCCCGACGUAUCAUCAUCAUUUUGCAAAACAAUGCCGUGUGUCUGAUUACGGAUACACCAAGUUAAUGGAGUUACUGGAAGCCGUGCCUCAUGUGUUGCAAAUUCUUGGGAUGGGCACCAAGCGCUUGUUGACGUUAACACACCGGGCCCAAGUGAAGCGAUUUACUCAAGACUUGCUGAAGCUCCUCAAAUCUCAGGCCAGUAAGCAAGUUAUUGUGAGAGAGUUCUUGCAAGCAUAUCACUGGUGUUUCUCAAAGGACUGGGAUGUAACUGAGUACGGAGUGUGUGAGCUGGUGGAUCUCAUAUCGGAAAUCCCAGACACAACCAUCUGUUUGUCUCAGCAAGAUAAUGAAAUGGUCAUUUGCAUUCCGAAGAGAGAACGUACUAAGGAAGAAAUUGAAAGAACAAAGCAGUUCUCCAAGGAUGUCAUCGAUCUCCUUCGCCACCAACCCUAUUUCCGGAUGUCUUUCAACAAAUUCAUCCCGUCCUACCACCAUCACUUUGGGCGGCAGUGCAAGCUUGCCUACUAUGGAUUCACCAAAUUACUUGACCUUUUCGAAGCCAUCCCAGAUGUCUUGCAGGUGCUGGAAUGCGGAGAAGAGAAGAUCUUGACAAUAACGGAUGUAGAGCAACUCAAAGCUUUAGCUGCCCAGUUUGUUAAGUUGCUCCGAACACAAAAAGAUAAAUGCCUUAUGAUGACAGACGUGCUCACCGAAUAUGCUAAAACGUUUGGCUACCCGUUGCGCCUCCAAGACUACGAUGUUUGCUCUGUUCCAGCUUUAAUGCAAAAACUUUGCCAUGUUAUCAGGGUUGUUGAGACGGAAUCUGGUAAACAACUCCAUCUUAUAAACAAGAAAUCUCUCCGGACCUUAACGGCUCAGCUUCUGGUGCUUCUGAUGACCUUGGAUGACACCACCUUUAUUUCUGUCGAGGAGCUUAAAAGGCGCUAUGAAAACACACAGGGUUCUCCCCUUAAUCCAUGUGAAUAUGGCUUCAUGACGUUUACUGAUCUCCUGAUGAGCGUGCCUUAUUUUAUUGAGGUUUUUGUCGAUGGAGAGUCCGAAUAUGUCAAACUUACGACCCUGUACGUGUUUGCCAAGAAAGUGAGGUCUUUGCUUCAUACCUAUCACUACCAACAGAUCUUUCUUCAUGAGUUUUCAACAGCCUAUACCAAAUUCACAGGCGAAGCCUUGCAUCCUAAAGCGUAUGGUUGCAGUAAUCUGGAAGAACUACUCGGAGCAAUUCCGCCGGUCGUGUGGAUAAAAGGCCACGGUCAUAAGAGGAUUGUUGUCCUAAAGAAUGAUAUGAAAACUCGUUUUAGCUCGCCCAGUUUUCCUGUUGCUGAUGAAAAUUCUGGAAACCAGCUUGCUGAUGGCAACGGGCAAGCUACGGAGCCAGCAAGGGCAAGCGAAUCCUUGGAAUUAAAACUGGAAGCACAAAUGGCUGUUUCUAAUCCAACGGAGCAAGAGCUGCUUUGCCUCCGAAAUGCGUCGCCUGUGGAUCUCCUGUGCGAGCCGGUCCCUUCCUGCCUGCCUUCCCCACAGCUGAGACCAGACCCAGUCCUUAUGGAGCCCAUGGACCUCAUUCGGUUUGAAGAACAUCCAGCAACCCUUCCUGAAACUAUCGUUUUAACCGAAGAGAAAGAGAAGUCUGCCUCGGCCUCUGAAUCCCAGCCGAGCAAAGAUCUCACCGACAGUCCGGCCAAAAGGCAGCCUAAAAACCGAGUGAAGUUGGCAGCCAAUUUUUCACUUGCACCUGUAACCAAACUUUAAUUCUUUUUGUGUGUGUGUGUGGUGUGAAAAGCAACACGUGGAUAGAUUUCACAGCAAAGUAAGCUAUUGUCUAUCCACGAUAUUCUUAAUCACGGCCAGAGGGAAAGGCACUUGUGUUCUCUUUGUCAUCUUUGUGAGCAUUGUGUUCAGUUUUACACUGAUUUCAGCUGGACAGGUAUGUUUUAUUUGAACUUCAAGAGUUUGUUGAGAAAUAAAUUUAACAUUUUACCUUUUUUUCCCAUUCUCCAAAAUGUCAUCCAAAAAAGGAAAUGACGAAACUUUGGUUUAGAGCAUGGGUCGAUGUUUCUAAAACCGAAUCCACAAUGUGAUCCGAAAUAUAAACAUAGCAUAUAAAUAAAUCUAUAGGCUAUUUCCGACAUGCACUUCAGACAGUAAUCCACUGUGCAGUUUGUCUUGGGAUUUUUUUUAAAGAUUGGAAAUAAACCUGCCUUUGGUAUUAAAUCGGCGAGGGAUGUUUUGGAUGACUUGUAACUGGGACAUUUCAAACGAUGACUGUCAGUUUGUUCUCCGCCCCAAUUUUUUUGUGGUAAGAAUUGUCAGUUUGUUCUCCGCCCCAAUUUUUUGGUGGUAAGAAUUGUCGGUUUGUUCUCCGCCCCAAUUUUUUUGUGGUAAGAAUUGUCAGUUUGUUCUCCGCCCCAAUUUUUUUGUGGCAAGAAUUGUCAGUUUGUUCUCCGCCCCAAUUUUUUUUGCGGUAAAAAUUGUCAGUUUGUUCUCCGCCCCAAAACUCUUUUAAAUGCCUUUGGUCAUCAAUUCAUUUCCGCUCAGGAGUCUUGUAGGAAGUCGAUGCCGUUUUAAGCUUCUUGUUUUUUUAGUGCUUCAAGUUGGCGUUUGGUCUGAACGAAGAAAAAACGUCUUGGGUGUGUCAAGGCAUUUUUGAGGCGAACGUCGAAGCGCUUCUCGCAUCUACUGAUGAGAUUCCUGGGAAUCUUCGAUAAUUGCAGAAAAAAGUAAAAUAUGCAUUUUUGAGUGCAUAAAUUAUGAAUCACAGCAGUAGGUUAAGGAGGAGCCUUUUUUUAAGGUGGAAGGUAAAAUAAUGUUACUUCCACUUGCACAGGAUUGUGAGCAGCGAGUGGACGGAAAUGCCAAGGUUACGGUGCUUAACCUUGUUUUCUGACUUUUUAAAAACACAUAAUAAACGGGAAGCUUUUUGAGUUGGUUAGUUUUUAACUGUGUCUAGUUUUUAUUCCGGCGUUCGUUGCUGCUCUUUCUGCGUUUGCGUGUUUUCCGUCCGGUUUCCCGUUGGCCUUUGUUGAGCGAGGCAAGUCAAUGAGCUCCGUUUUACUACAAACAUCUUCUGGAGCUUUUAUUACCCCUCUUGGGUACAACUUGGCACUUACAAUGGGUUGUAUUUGCCAGGCCAAGGAGACUUAUUGCUUGUCGAGAGGAAAGAAACUGCACCAAAGGUUCCAACUUGCCUUGAACAGACCGAUGUGUUGGGUUUGCUGCUGUUUUGCAACCGUUAACCCUCGAUGGCUAUAAAGGCAACUUCUUAAAAAGUAACCUCGAUUUUGUUUAAAAAAUACAUUUGAACAAAACCAGGUCCUUAACAUUGAAUUAUAGCCAUUACGAAAUGCAGGGAAACACUGGAAGUUUUUUCCCCCCUAAAAUCAUGGUUAAAGCACAUCCUUACUUUGCUUCUACAGAGACAUAGGGUUGGUAGGAAUGAAUUUUUAGCAUUUUUUAAACCUAAAUUUCUUUCUUUGCCUUCUGUAUUGACUGCAUGAAAUAAAGAUCUGUUCACCUUGAGUUUGUGCAGGAACAGUCAUCAUUUUGAGCUGCAGUUGCAAGUCAUCGAAAACAACCUUGUCCUCGAAAUACAGAUGCAAUUCAGACAUCUGUAGAGGAUCGGAAAUCUGUCUGGAUGUAUGUCGUUCUGACCUGGAUUGCUGUUUAAAAGUUAUAUAUAUAUAUAGAGUGCCAUUUGUUUUUCCACAGUGUGAGACUCAUCUUCAUUCAGGUUUUUUUUUCCUCCCCUUUUUACAAAGUCUUGAAGAAAUAAUGUGACUUGGCUGAUUCUGAACAGUAAAUUAAGACGAUGGAAUUCUUUACUUUACACGUUACUAAUUUUGAUUUCUUGACUAUUUGAAAAAAUAGACCGUAUCACUGAAGCCCUCGACUUGUGCACUCUCCAGAUGGGACGGGAUGGGAGGAAGCGUCUCUCUUUCUCCUUUACCGUCUUCUUCAUCUGGAUAUUUCUGUGGUUCAAGUGCUGUUUUGUGUGUUGGGACCAAACAAUUGUCAAUAAAAAUUUCAAGCAAGCAUG